CUUAGUUUCCUCAGUAGAAGACAGUGUGAUCACACAUAAAUACAAGUCUGAGGGAACACAAGGGAACCAGCUGAGGUCUUAUUUAAAGGAGAACAUUCCUAUGCUCACAGACUCCUCUCUGUAGAGACACGGCAAGAGAGCAACUUUGCUGGUUGACUUUAUUAUUAUGGAGUGCAAACAAGAAACAACCCAAAAGAAGUUGCUUCUUAUUGAUGUAGACUGUGGCACUGAUGAUGCCCUGGCCAUUAUGAUGGCAAUUGCCUCUCCUAAUGUUGAAAUUUUAGGAAUCACCUGUGUUGGGGGCAACACUAAGUUGGAUAACGUCUGCAAAAACGUCCUGCGAGUCCUUAAAUUAUGUGAUCGCUUAGAUAUUCCUGUCUUUAGAGGAGCAUCAACAGCUGUCCUAGGACAAAAUAUUCAUGCAUCUUAUUUUCAUGGUGAAGAUGGUCUAGGAGAUGUACCUGAUGAGAAUGCUCCUGGUUUGGAACUGAUUCAGAAGGAACAUGCUGUUGAUGCCAUGAAGCGAUUUGCAUCUGAAUAUCCUGGCCAGAUUUCUUUAGUGGCUACAGGCCCAUUGACUAACGUAGCCCUCACAGUGAGAAUGGACCCUACCUUUCCCCAGAAACUUUACAGUUUGUACAUAAUGGGAGGAAAUAUGGAAUCAAGAGGAAAUACUACAGCUUGUGGAGAGUUCAACUUCCUUGCAGACCCAGAAGCUGCUUACAUUGUCCUCAAUGACUACUUGUGUAAAACAUAUAUUGUCACAUGGGAGUAUUCAUGUCGUCACAAGCUCUCAUGGGAGUGGUAUGAUAAAUGGGUGAAUAUGGGGACCAAGAAAACAGACUUCAUAAAGAAGAUCUAUGCCCACAGUCUGCAGUACUCCAGGAGUGAGAAGGAGUCCAAAGCACUUGUGGAUGGACCCGGAUUUGUCUCCUGUGACUCCUAUGCAAUGGCUGCAGCCAUUGAUGAGAGUACAAUUACAAAGGUCAUUGAAUGUGCAGUAACAGUGGAGCUCUCUGGAAAAUUUACUCGGGGAAUGAUGGUUCUGGAUUUAAUUGAUGAUCUCAAGAAAAAAAAUAAGGCCUUUGUAAUAACUGGAUGUGAUAUGGAAAAGUUUAUAGCACUGAUGGAGAUCUCUGCCAAAUAAAUAAUCUGACUUUUACCGGGAAAUAGUUAUGUGGGUCGUAAGAUACAACAGAUUAUCUUUAGGAUAUUUUAAAACCUAUUACUGUGUUUAAUAUUGUAUUAGACUUGGGCAUUGAACUUAUGAUAGAUAACUUUUCAGUCAUGUUGUAUUCCCUUUUAUCUGCUAAAUAUUAUUAAAGCAAGUUUGACUGGAA